GCCCAAAAAUCUAAAUAUUUUCAAAACGCGGGUCAGGACCCGCAUUCGCCUGGUUCCCGCCUCUGCAAAAUUUGGAACUGAAAUUUUACUCUUCCCUGUUCCGCAAAUCCAGACUAAACUACGAUCACUUGGCAGGUUUUGGAAAUUGGCAUUCUCGGCACUGGAUGCAAAGAUCUUGGUUGAAUUGAAUCAUUCACUUGCUUAUCACCCUUUCCGAAUCAAGCUACUUGUCACUAGGCUAUGAAAACCUUGUUUAAACGCCCGUGGAGUGCUCGUAAAACCGUCGCAGUCGACGAAUUACAGUUACGAACGAUAGGGAAGUGAUACCCCUUUUGAGGGUAUGCGCCGGUGGUCUCUGGAAUUGAGGGAUACUCUUUUUCUGUAAGGUUUGAGGAUCAGCGGUGCGAUCAAAAUUUUAUUUUAUCUUGUUUUAUUUUUGUCGAGGUUGUCUAAUUGGGAAGUGGGUUUUUCUUUUUGGUGAAUUGGGGUUGUAGUCUUUAUGUUGUGAAGUUGAUUGCGCUUAUAGGCUGUGCUGUUAGACGAAUGAUGGGUGGAGAUAAUUUCACUGAAGGUGUUUCCAAAAUGCGCGCUGUUUUGGGAGAUAUGACCAAUCGUCCAUUAAAAAGAGAGUUUUCAUCCAUUUCUAAUGAUUUGCGGCUUAAAUCUGGUGAUGAGUAUGGUAAUAGAUUGGUCACUGAAGAUGGGGAUUCACGUUCUCCAAAACAACUGUGUUUAGGAGUUGAAAAGUUGGUCAAAGGGAAAUGUAAAACCAAAUUUGUAGUUGAAAAUAGCAAUGAGAAAGGUUUGUUUCUCAUGGAAGAUAAGCAACCUAGCGAUUCAUCACCUGCUGAUAGUGUAAUUGAUACGUCGCAGGAGAAUAAUGUUUCCAUAAUCUCACAUGUACCUAAUGAAAAAAAAGAAACAUCUCCAUUAUUAGAUGUCAGCGUCAAUGUUCUUAGGAGUGGAACAAUGGCACACAGUGUUGGGGAAGGUGUGGAUGCAUCGAGAGAUAGUAGUGCAUCUACUGGUUCAAUGCCCACAAACUCGUGGUCUUGCAAGAAAUAUAGUGAUGAUGAAGGGGGGCUCACUUCUGAUGUUAAGCAAAGCAAUCCGGAAGGUCAUGUUGGUACAGGUGUUGACAAGGUUCUUGGUGUUGGCAUGUUACCCACUACUAAAUACGGGUCUGUUGAGUGGUCAAGGUUGCCCAUGUCACAGGGCUCCAAAUCAUUUGAGUUGAAAAGGUGCACGGCCCUUAAAGAUGAUGGUUAUGCUAAUUUGAGUGCAGGUGCUGAUUUGAUGAAAGCUUGUUCUUGCUCUUUUUGUUUGAAAGCUGCUUACAUUUGGUCAGACCUCCAUUACCAGGAUAUCAAAGGAAGAACAGCUGCAUUAAAGAAGAGUCAGAAAGAAGCAAGCAUCUUGGUUAAUAAAUAUGCCAGGGGAAAGCAGACUGACCUUCCUGGCCAAGGGAACUCCAAUAAAUCCUCAAAAUUAGAGUCUGACCUCACGGCUCAGUGGAGGUCUCUCUUUCAUCGCAUGGAGGAUAUAUUUGCUCAUGAAAGCAACCAACUUCAAGCCAGCUUUGUUGCACUGAAAGAUUUGAGAGAAAAUUGCAAGAUGGAUUUAGAGAGGGCCACUGGGAUGCCUUCUGACAAAUGAGUGAUAUUUGUUCCUUCGAUGAUUGUAAGACGUUCUUGGCACUCCAGUUCUAGAAACUUAUGCGUUACUGCAGAUGCACCAGUAGUGCACACAUGUGCCAUGGCUUUGUUGUUUAGAGUUCUUUGCAGUUCUAUUAUUGUUAAAGUAUCUGUUACCUUGCAUCCAUUGUAAUGCCUGUUGUUUUAGUAUUAUCUGCAUUAGCAAGAACUUCCAUUAUGGAAAGUUUGAAAGUUGUGGUUUUUAUCCACUUGGUUGAUUAUAUUAUCCUUCUCGACA